UGCUGACUGGUGCAAGUGAUGGAACAGCGCUUUCAAUGAGCCUAUGAGGAGGCAGAGAGCAAGUGCAGCGAGGAGAGAAACCUAAAAGUUAAGUUCUUUGCAGCAAAGGCCCUGUAGAUCAGGACGCACCUCAACGGCUCGUAUGAAUUGAUAAAACGUAAGGAACCUCUCAGCAGAUAUGAGAGUAUUAAUAGACUGACUACCCGGGAUUGUUCAAGUUUGGGCUGGGGGGUCAUUUAGUAAACGGAGGGACAAAUAGUGAUUUGUGUGGGAGGAAGAAUAAAAAAUGGUGGCACCUUCAUAGUGAGCUGUGAGUUAGGUGUGAUUUUUACCAUCUACAGCGUGCGUGUGAACUGGUCUCCAGUUUGGUUGCAGGUUUCUGCUGAGCAGAAAGUGUGGUGUCUUGAUUUGACUUGACUUGACUUUGCUGCUUCUGAUAGGAAAUCCGUUUCCUGGCACUGAAUGCAACCACAGACAGCCACACACUUGCAUAUAUAAAGUUAUGGACUCCACUUCACUGCUGUCUGUAGUAGGCGGGGCUCUCUUCCUGUCAAUCAUACUUGCAACCAGUCUUUGUACAUACUGCUGGCGGUAUAAACAACCGACAUCCAUCCCUCAGAGGUCCAGUGACUCCAGUCCAGCACCAUUUGUGAUUCGGCAUCCCCAGUCGACAUAUGUGCCCCAUCAAGACACUCACAGGAUUGGCAGUAUACCUUACCCACUAGCCAAUUCACUUAGUUCCCCAUCUAUUACUGUCACAAAGCUGCCCUCCUGCCCUCCCUCAGAAACUGGAAGUCAAGCCAGUUAUGUGAAUCAAAGCGGGGAGGAGGGAAGCAACAAUCAAGUCGAAGACCAUGACAGUGAAGAUGAACUGAACAGGAACUACAUUAUUGUGCUUCCAGAAUCCCCAGGCACACAGGCUUCAUCCCACAGUUCAGAGAAAACUUAUAUCAAUGAAGAGAUAAGUGGCUCUGAGGAUGACUCUAACUCAGACUGUCACGAUUAUGAAAAUUUACGGAAUUCUUCAGAGCCCCAUAACCAAACCUCUCGUCUGUCCCGUGGAAGUGUGAGCAGUGAUGAUGAUCGGGGCAGCUCUGAUUAUGUCAACACAGAGCCUAACUUAUUAUGAUCCAGGAUUUACCUUUUAUCAAGUGAGGUGGUUAGAGGCCUGAAAAUCAUCCCGUCUCCAGAUAUACCCAUGCUUUGAAUUUUGAAGUGGAGCACCACCAAGAAAGCAUUGAACCACUGCCACCUCACAGAAAACUCCACUUCCUCCCUCUGUCUUGCUGACGAUACCUGAGAAUAUCUUUUUUUUACAUAUUUGCUGUUUACUACGCAUCCAGGCUUUUGCCGCCAAAAAUGAGUGCAGAGAAUCUCUUUGUAAUAUACAGCUUUUAUACAGUCAAAUGUUUAUAACAUUUAGUUAUUGGUUUGUAAAUGUGGAAAUAAAGUUAAUCACUAAUUUACAUCAUGUCUGUUGCUAUAAUAUGGACAGAAAUUUAAUGUAAGAAAAACUUGAAAGGCAUUUUCUAGGCACUGAAUGCAGUAAAAAUAAAAUCUUUUUUAUAAAAGAAUUACAUUUAAAACAAAUCAUGAGACAAAACGAAAAAGAGAGUUUAAAAAUUUAUUUUUAUAAACUUUUUUUUAUUUUUUUGUUCUUUUUUUAACCAUUUAUUUGCUUAUUUAAUAAGGGGGUUGAGGACAAAGGGAGAGGUCACUGUAUUUUUUAUAAAAAUGUCCCUCAUUCUUUCCAUUUUUUGUCUUGCUCACUCGUUCCCUCUUUCUGAUUUAGACACUUGUGUCCCCAUCCACUCAAAUUAAAAAUAGCAAAAGGGAGGGGAAGGGAGGGGGGAUAAAACAAGCACAUUCAGUCUUGCCAAAGGUGAAUAAAAACAAAAUCUUUUUUUUUUCUCCAUUCGUAGAGCAGGUGGAGGGUAUAUACACAUGUGCGAUCCCACAGGAGGAUCACUCUGCUCAU